UUAGCCUACAAACAAACGCAUCUUUUUCCGUGCGCUGGUCCAAAAUGCGGAGUCUUGUGAAUUGGCGUGUGUUUAUAACCUUUUUGGUCGUUUUUUACCAACAAAAUGUUGUCGGAGUAAAAAUGAUCGGAGGGUUGACCGAGGAGAAGCAGGCUGAUGAAGCAGUUCAAAAGAUCUGCGAUGCAAUGAAGCCUCUCGCAGAGCAGAAAACCGGGAGAAACUUCGAGGUUUUCACUGCAGAGAGCUACAAAACGCAGCUCGUAGCUGGGACCAACUACUUCAUUAAGGUCCAUGUGGGAGGAGGCGAAUAUGUUCACCUUCGUGUUUACAAGAAACUCCCAGCUUAUGGAGGAACGCUCCAGCUGACCAGACUGCAGCACCCCAAGAGUCAACAUGAUACUAUUGCAUACUUCUAAUGGGAGUACGAACCAGCCAAAGCAUCAGUGCCCACAGUAGUCAGAUUGUAAUUCAUUAAUAACCUCCCUCUUCAUGAGGGGAAAGCUUUCCUUGUUUCCAUAUAAUAACAUACUGCAGAUAAUGGAAAUAAGACUAGAUCAGUUAAAUACGAGGUGGGUAAAUAAAUAAAGCAGAAUUUUUUUUGUGUGUGUGUAAUUGUAAGAUACAUUCUGUGGUCAUAGGGGCUAUUUUUAAAGUAUUUGAUUGGUUGGGGAAUUGAACUGCCUCACAAUUCACCACUUAUGUGACUCACUUCAGAGAUGCCAUCAAGGAUAACCAGCGCAGUUUCAAAGAAACAAAUAAAACAUCUACUUUUGUCCAUAGUGAAACAGAUAAUACGUUUGAAAUAAACAUUAUGCUUUAAAAAGA